AUGUGUUUUAUAUUUAAUGAUUGUCUGCAAGUUUUCAUCCCUAAACUUACUCAAGAUGAGAGUAAGGAGAGGCGUAAACUUAGAAAAUUAUACAUCGAUGGUAAACGUUAUGGAACGCAAAAAGGUACAUCACAAUCUAUACAUGUUAUAGCAUCUACCUCUGGUUCGUCAUCCAUUCCGCAUGACAUGGUCAAUGUUACAACAGAGGCGUCCAUUGGAUAUGGAGUUUUUGAACCGAGACUUCUUCAAAAUCACUGCAAAGAGAGACGGAGGUUAAGGAAGUUAUAUUUAGACAGUAAUCUUAGUUGUCUUACAAACAACAUGACUACACCAAUAAACAUCCGUCGUUUUUCUCUAUCUUCAAACAUCACAAAUUCUAGCAACACAACACCUACUAUUCUACAAAGUUCUUCUUUACAGAGGAUGUCGCCGGGAAAACGUAAGUUAUUAAGUAAACCACGAGUUACAACUCCUAUACCAAUGAUCGACUUGACGACAGAGGAAACUACAGAUGAUGCAAUUUACAAAGGAGUUUCAACAGAUUAUUUUGAUCAUGGUGACCAAUGUAUUACUUGUGAAGUAUGCAAUGCUAAAUUAUGGGAUGCUGAAAAAGGAAGGGGAAGAAAAGAGAAAGGAAGAAUAUGCUAUUUCUUAUGUUGUGGUUAUGGCAAAGUAGAGCUACCAGAUUAUAAAGAUGCUGUUCCAAGUUAUAAGAAACUUUUUACGUAUAAGGAUAAAGAAAGCAAACAUUUUUUGAAUAAUAUUCGACGGUAUAACUCCAUGUUUGCUUUCACGUCAAUGGGUGGUAAGGUUGAUCACACUGUCAACAGAGGUAACGGACCAUUCUGCUACAGAAUUAGUGGAGAGAACUACCACAGCACUGGAAGCCUGCUUCCCGAAGACGGAGAUCAACCUAAAUUUUGCCAGCUCUACAUUUUCGAUACUGACAACGAACUUUCCAACAGACAUUCCGUUGUUAGUCGUUCCAAGGAUUCAUCCUCCGCGAGUGUCGCUGAACUUGAUAGUAAACUGAUUGAACAUAUAAAAUGUGUUUUAGAUUCAGAAAACCAGUUGUUAAAAGCUUAUAGGAUGGUUAGAGACUGUUUUCAUGAAAACCCUGAUCUUAAUCUGAAGCUUCGUCUAAUUGGUAUUAGAGAAAAGGAUGGACGAACGUAUAAUUUACCAACUUGUGGUGAAGUUGCUGCUCUAAUUGUGGGGGAUAUUGCAAACACAAUCAACAAUAGAGAUAUAGUUAUUGAAACGCAGACAGGUACUUUGAAAAGAAUUAGUGAAUUGCAUCCUUCAUACCUUGCACUUCAAUAUCCUAUUUUAUUCCCUUAUGGAGAUGAUGGUUACAGAAUUGACAUCCCUCAUCGAGGUGUCGUAGACGUAAUCAAUAAGAAACGUCCAAAUUGUACAAUGAGAGAGUUUUUUGCAUAUCGUGUGCAAGACAGAAUUAAUCAGUUUUCAUUGAUUCUAAAUUCAAGGAGACUCUUUCAACAAUUCUUGGUUGAUGCGUAUACUAUGAUUGAGAGCGAAAGGCUAAACUACAUACGACUUCAACAAAAGAAUCUAAGGUCAGAUAGCUAUGAAAGUCUAUGUGAAUUAAGAAAUAAGGGCCAGCAAGACAUAUCUAAGGUUGGAAAACGAAUCUUUUUGCCCUCUUCGUUUACCGGUGGCGCUAGAUAUAUGAUGCAAAAUUAUUUAGAUGCCAUGGCUAUCUGUAAGUGGUUUGGUUAUCCGGAUUUUUUUAUAACCAUCACGUGCAAUCCAAAGUGGCCUGAGGUAAAAAGGUUUCUUAGAGACACAAAUCUUAAACCUAAAGAUAGGCCCGAUAUACUGACGAGAUUGUUUAAAAUAAAGUUGGAUUCAAUUUGCAAAGAUUUUAAAGAACGCCAUCUAUUUGGAAAAGUUGCAGCAGUUGUUUACACAAUCGAGUUUCAAAAGAGAGGAUUGCCUCAUGCCCACCUAUGCUUAUUCUUAGAAAAUGAAUCCAAACUUCCAACGGUAGACCAUGUUGAUCCAUUUAUAACUGCAGAAAUCCCUGAUGAAGAUGAAGAUGCAGAAUUAUAUGCGCUUGUGAAAGACUAUAUGAUUCAUGGUCCAUGUGGUAACGCUAAUUUAAGUUGUCCAUUAAAAAAUGAAAUCGACAUAGACAACAGAAGUGUUGUGCCAUACAACAAAAAACUUUUGAAACGCUACCAGGCACAUAUAAAUGUUGAGUGGUGCAAUCAAGCCGGAUCAAUUAAAUAUUUGUUUAAAUAUAUAAAUAAAGGCCCUGAUAGAGCAACCGUUGCUGUUGUCCAACAUGAUAAUAACAAUGAACAACUAGAACAAGACGAGGUGAAAGAAUAUUAUGAUUGUAGGUAUAUAUCGGCUUGUGAGGCAUCUUGGAGGAUCUUCGCCUAUGAUGUGCAUUACAGGACUCCUUCUGUUAUGAGGCUGCCUUUCCAUCUUCCCGGAAAACAACCUGUUGUUUUUGGACCAGACGAGGAUAUUAAUCAAGUCCUUAACAAACCAUCUGUCAAAGCUUCAAUGUUUCUUUCCUGGAUGGAACGUAACAAAGACCCGAAUGACACAUUGGCCCGUACACUUACAUAUGUUCAGUUUCCAAGUUGGUAUGUAUGGAAGCUUGAUAAACGUUGUUGGGAACCUAGACAAAGACAUAAGUCAAUUGGGAGAAUUCACGCUGUAAGUCCGUCUCUUGGGGAAGCAUAUUAUUUAAGAAUUCUUCUUAACAAAGUGAAAGGACCAAAAUCUUUUGAUGAUAUUAAAACAGUUGAUGGUAAGGUAUAUGAUACAUUUAGAGAUGCAUGUUAUGCACUCGGUCUUUUGGACGAUGACGCAGAAUACAUUGAGGCAAUCAAGGAAGCAAAUGAAACAGGAUCCCCUUCGUAUCUUCGUAAUUUAUUUGCUACUUUGCUAUUAACAAAUACGUUGUCCAGACCUGAGGUUGUAUGGGAAAGCACAUGGAGAUACAUGACAGACGACUAUAUCUACAGACUUAGAAAAUAUCAUCGUCUUACAGCUUUAUCAAUUCCAGAUCACCAGCUUAAAAACUACGUUUUGAGUGAAGUUGAAAAAUUCUUAGCCAGAAACAACUCAUCACUCAAAAGAUUUGAGACAAUGUCGUACCCAGAUACUGCGUCUAUGUCUGAUUCAGACAAUCGUUUGAUUAACGAGGAGCGUAUCUACGACCAAACGAAUCUUCAACUUGAAUUUAAUAAUCAACUUAAUUUGCUAACUGAGGAGCAACGGUCAGUUUUCCAACAAAUAAUCAACGCAAUUGAGGGUAACAAAGGUGGGGUUUUUUUUGUUUACGGGUAUGGUGGUACCGGCAAGACCUUCUUAUGGAAGACAUUAUCUGCGGCAAUCAGAUCAAAAGGUCAAAUUGUAUUAAACGUUGCUUCAAGUGGCAUCGCGUCGUUGUUAUUGUCUGGUGGCAGGACCGCGCAUUCCAGGUUUCGUAUUCCAUUGAAUCUUACAUAA